AUGUCUGGACGCGGCAAGCAGGGCGGCAAAGCCAGAGCGAAGGCCAAGACUCGCUCCUCCCGGGCCGGGCUGCAGUUCCCGGUGGGCCGCGUGCACCGGCUGCUUCGCAAGGGCCACUACGCCGAGCGGGUGGGCGCCGGCGCUCCGGUCUACCUGGCCGCCGUGCUGGAGUACCUGACGGCCGAGAUCCUGGAGCUGGCGGGCAACGCCGCGCGGGAUAACAAGAAGACGCGCAUCAUCCCGCGCCACUUGCAGCUGGCCAUCCGCAACGACGAGGAGCUGAACAAGCUGCUGGGCCGGGUCACCANGUCAUCAAAGGGCCAGCUUGCAAGACCCCUGAUUUAA